AUGAAGACCUCCAUCAUAUUCUGGUUACUUGCUUUUUCUCUAGCUGAAGCAUCUGCUCAGUUGACGAACUCUAAUGAACCCAGUUUCCAGAAUCAACUUCCAGGUCCAGAUAAAAAUGGCGACAACUUGGUCGAUCCUUCCACAUAUACAAGCACAGUAUAUGAUGGCCCGUUGUCCGAAGACGCGUUAGAAAACAGGGAAUACGUCAACCAAAACGGACAAGCCGUAACGUAUACGUUCCCAACGAAUGGCCAAACGACUACUACCUACAACGGAUUUACACCAAGUGGCACAACUACAACGUACCCCUCUACGACUACAACUCAACAAGUUACGUACCCGACAACAACGUAUCCGUCUACAACCCAACAAGUUGAUCUAGAGAAAGAGAUCUGUGAAAGAGUAACCAAAUAUCAACAUUUAUUUGAACCUAAAAUACCUACUGGUGGUAAAAUAGAGAAUGAUUACAAUAAACCUUAUGAAAUGGCACAGGCAAAUAUUCAGAGAUGCCAGUUAUUGGUAGAUCAGUUAUUAGAAGCGAAGUCGUCUAUGUUGAAAGUUUUAGACCACAAACCUAAAAUCCAGGAAAUUGUGAAUAAACACAUGAGUAAACGACCCAUUAAAAAGAAAGAAAGACCCUAA